AUGGACAAUUAUAACCAAUUGCUUCUCCAGCAGUUGGCACCGUACCUCAGAAUCCAUGUUCUGGGUGAAAUUUCAGCUGAUGUCGUCAUCAAUAUCCGCAAAUUCAUUCAUCUCUACGACAUUUCACAUAAGGUAUGGGACAAUUCCAUUAUCAAAAAUAGACUUCUGAGCACAAAGUAUAUUAUUGAAUUAGUUGAAGGAGAUGAAAAGCUUCCACAGCGCGAAAUAUCAUCUCUGAACGAACAUUCGAACAUUUCUCCCUUCAAUCAAAGCUCACCCAUCUUUCCCAACGGGAUUCUUCCCCAUCAGUGGUUGUCCAAAUAUAUUGAAGAAAUCCCAUUUGCGUAUGUUUCGAUACUCAAAUUGCCUUCUGACGUUGCAGACGAUGUGAAGUUGGCUACUGUAAUCAAUGAAUUGAAGAAAAACUGCUUGAAACAGAGUGUCAAAUUAAUAGCCAUCAUUGUUUCUUCAUCACCUGAUCCCAACGAAGACGACGAAAGAAUCAAUAAAUUGCGCCAAUUGACCGGCUUGCCUCGUCUUGUUGGUUUAUUAUAUCUCCAUGAUUCUGCAGCAACAUUGGCUAGAGACACAGAAAUCUUGGUAUCCACGCUCCUAUCCAACUUGAAGAGCCUGGCAGUAGACUUCUACAGCAACAUUAAGUACAAGAUAGAGCAACGGCACAAGAAAUACUACUCCAUUCCUUCAACAAGAUUGAUAGAUACACAGAUAGAGUUGUCUCCCAAAUUUCUUGAAACUCGAAAUUUGAUCAAAAUCAUUAUUAUUGACCAAUUUAUAGCACCUCACGAUUUAGAACCAAGCUUGAAAUUGCUAGAAGUAGCUUAUCAGUCGUUAAUUGAUAUCAUGAGGGAUACGUUUCACAGCAGGAUAUUCGACUUGGACUCUAUUUCAGACCAUGACUUGAAGCUCUAUUUCCAUUUCAGAUCGUUGAUAGACAUGCUAGCAUUUCAUAUUGUCAGAGGUUACUUCUCCACAGAGGAACCGUUGGUGGCUUUAAAGAAACACAGAGCCCAUAUUGCUAACGUUCUCAGUGUCCUGGAACCUGAAUUUUCAGAAGUGAACAAUAAUUGGGUAUCUGUUCAGUACGAAUGGUUGGCUGAACUUAUGAAAUUAGUUCCACUGUCCAUUAUAGCCAGUACCCAUUCCAAGAAAAAACUCAAGCCCAAUUCUGGCAUGAUAGGUUUCUUUGGCGGUAUUAAAUUCAAAGAGGCAUAUUCAUUCGAAGUGAUAACAAAUCCAGGAUUGGUGUACUUAAAGUCAAAUGAACAUCUUAUACCUUCCGAGAAGAUGCCCACUACUAGAUUCAACUACUUAUUCAAAUACAAAGAUAAAAGGGAUAUGGUUCAGCAUAAAAUCGAAUUGUUGAGUGAUUCCAUUGCAUCUCUAACUCCUGAAACACAAGCUCAUGCCGAAGAAGAAUACUUUGAAGCAUUGAUUCUGUAUUUGAACUAUCUCAUAGCAGAAGAGUACUACAUGCUUGGAGCGUUGGAAGAAGCUAUAAGUUAUUACGAGAGAUCCUACAAGAGUAUCUCAAUGAAGACUAGCGUAUCAAGUGUGAUACUCCAGAAAUUGGUUCAAUGCUAUUCCUCCACGAAAGAUCCAAUUAAGCAGGUGUCUAGUUUUCUCAAACUUGCAACUCUAAAGCCUUUUUUCAAUAUCCAUCAAAAAUAUCCUAUUCAGGGUCUAUUUGAGAAUUCAUCUGAAAUUGCUAUUAACAAUGAAGUGAAGUUGUUCAAAACUUCUCCAUUGAUCUUGAAUGAAAGUCUUCAUCAAGAUACUUACUUAUACGAUAGAUACAUUACCCAGAUCAAGUUAACCUCAGUCGCUGACCUUUCAGUUAUCAAGAAGCUUUUCGAAAAAGAUUACUCUGCACUUAUUAAUAUCAAGAGUAUAAUAGUAAAAUUUGAAAGAUCUGACUCCAAGAAAACGAAGAGAAACAAGAAAGUGAAGUUGAUUCAUGAUGGACAAAAUAACAGUUCAAUGAUCAGCAAGAUUGAGCUUAAGGAAGGUGACGAAAGUGACACUUUAAUAGGUACAGGUAAUUUGUUUCCUAAUGAAGAAAAUGGAUUGAAAAUUAUUCAGUUUUCCCAGACAGCACUGAUAUCCGGAUCGUAUCACAUUUCUUCGAUCAGAAUUGAACUGGAAGUUGAAUUCCGGAAUGGUGACAAGCACGUUAUUGUAAAUAAUUCAGAAUUGCACGAGUUUGAUGAAUACUCAUCUUCACAUCACGCUGAACUCUACAACGAGGCCAAUGGGAUAAUAAAUAAGAAGCAGGUUCGUUUAAACGGUCGUUCUGGGAACACAAUCCGUUUCCUACCACUUAGACCAAGUGUUAGUGUGACGAUGACUGAUGAAGAUAUCAAUUGUUUAAUAUUAGGGGAGAAGAUUUCUAUUCCUUUCAGGAUAAACUUCAAACAUCCCAAGAAUCAAAAGAUCAACUACAAGAGCAUCAGUUUAAGUCCAAAGGUAAAGGUGAUUGCCGACCAGAAGGACUUCGAUUUUGCUUCUAGAAUCACAACCCAAGUCAAUUGGGAUGGAUUGAAAGACGACGAAGCAUUGGAUCUUCAUCCGCUUGUCGAAUCUGACUCCAACGAAGCUACUGAAUCUCACCAAUUGAAUGUUAGUGUGCAUUGUCCACCCAAUUUGCUCAACUCUCGCGUAUCUGAAAGGGGUAGCACUAUAGUUAUUGAUCUCAAAACUAUUGUUUCUGAGAUAGCUGAUGAAGAUGAAGAUAUUGAAGAUUCAGUAUAUGACACUGCCAACUACACUCUUCCAAUAAUUAACUCACCAUUCAAAUGUUCCUACAUCAUUAGUCCUCGUUAUAGAGCAGAUGCUAUCGAUAUGCCGUCGCCAUUUAUUCUUUCACCAAGCGACGAUGGCCAGGGAACUUCUAUGCCUAUUGCUACUCGUUUGUGGCAGGGCAGUCUUGUUGUUUCUGAUUUAUACAAGAAAUAUGAAGAUUCCAACAGUUCGCUAAGAAUUCUUGAUACUGAGUUCUCUGUCAAAUCAAGAAACCCAGAAUUGAAAGUAGUAAUGGUAUCGUCAGCAUUUGAAAAGGAUGGCAGAAUACACCAGCUCUUCACCGUCAGUAGUAGAAGUGGGUUCUCUCAUAGGAAUGCUCCAAUGGUUACUUCAGUUUCUAUCAAUUGGCAGCGGAAAGAUGGUCUUGUCAAUAAUUUUAAGAGUGAGGAUUGGGAAAUCACACUUCCAUUAUCUGAUCCUCGAGUUCUUUUGGUUCUAGAUGAAGAUGUAAAGGAAGCGGGUAAAGUCAAGCUUACAUAUAUAUUAGAGAAUCCUACUCCGCGUAUCUUUACAUUUACUACGCAAAUGGAUGCGGACGAUCCUAGUCUGACAUGGGACUUCCUGGAUGUGAGGAAUAUUGUACCUGUGAAACAAGCAGCGUUCCCUGUUCUUCCAUUUGGAAGACACUUUAUGGAGUUUUAUGCAAAAACGUCUGAAGCAGGUGAGAAGAUUCAAUUGCCAACGUUCAAGGUGUAUGAUGUUCAGUACAAGGUUGGUUUGCCUACAUUGUCUGUUUCCGAUAAUGUAGCUGUGAAAGGCUCGAAGCUAUACUGGAGUACCUAG